UUACAAAAAAAAUUAGUGAUUUUAACAUGGUUUUGCUUCCUGCUGUGAUGGAAUUCUCUGUGAUAGAUAUAAGUUGUGUUAUUAAUAAUAUUAUUAGAAAGUGUACAAAUACCACCUUCAAAAAAUUUUAUGCGGGUUUAGCCAUAUAUUUUAUUUUAGUGCCAUCCACGCUCAGUCAAUCAGUUUGGCCGAAGCACCUCACCUACGAACACAUAUACAACAACACACGGUACCCCCAGCUCCGCCACACGCCUCGGCCGUUUACUUUAAACCCCAGAAACACGCAUGGUCAAGCAAAAACCAAAGGAACCGACUUAGGAUAUAAUUACGUUAGAACUAAGAACUUACUCGUCGGCUUCGCCCAUGACCCCUUCAGGUAUUCCGUGCCGGAGGCUGAUUACUCAAAAGGUGUCAGGGUGAUAGAGCCACCACAAUACAUGAACAAAACUGACCGUGGCAAGCGUGGCGUGGUCCACCUCUACAACAUGCUGACGUGUGCCACGGGAUGCAAUCCCAUCUCAUACAAGGGCUAUGGGUGUUAUUGUGGGAUUGGCGGCUCAGGACGACCGGCUGAUGGGAUUGAUAACUGCUGCCGGCUCCACGACGAAUGUUACGAGAACAUACACUGUCCAUUUUACACUGUCUACUUCCAGCCAUACUAUUGGACCUGUUAUGACGGUGAGCCGCUUUGCGCUCUCGAGAACUAUCAGAACCGUCACCAGGUGAUCAAUAGCUGCGCUGGGAGACUAUGCGAAUGUGAUAGGAGAUUCGCUAUGUGUGUUAGACAGUACACUUGCCCUAUAGGCCGGCCCUUAUGUAGGUCCUCCCCGUUUAGGUUGCUUCAGAAUAUCUUGCUUGUACCUUGAAUGUGACAAGUGUCAGAUUAUUUGUAUGUUUUUUGGGCCGGAAACUUAAAAAAAUAUAUAUAUGUUUCUUAAAAGUUUGUAAAGUGUAUAAGCUUAUCUGGCAAUUAAAAAGCUAUAGGUUAGAAAGAAUAUAGAAAAUUUGAUAACGAGGCGGGUAGCCGUAGAGAUAGUGUAUUUAAAGUUUAUACUGUUAUAACUUAAAGAUACAUUUCCAAAUAUGGUCGUUAAAUGUAAAUAUUUCAUGAGUCUAGUCUUAAUAAAUAAAUAUACUUAUUGUUUUUCCAUUCAACGCGUGGUGUGAAAUACUUUUUUUAUUUGGGCAACACUGAACUAAGACAGUAGGUAUUUUAAAUGUUGCCUUAAUAACGUUACCGUUAUAGGAAUGAAUCAAAGUAAAGUUAAUACAAUAAAAUGUAUAUUUGUAAUUAGUUCUAAGAAAAUUUGCAAUUUUUAUGUGUAAAUAAGUAAUUAUAUUUUGGUAUAACCACAGAUAACAUAAUACUAUGCUAAUACAGUACUAGUAUAACUAACAAUAAUUGUAUAGAUUUUUUAGAAUACUAAGCGGGUAAUAAAAUACGUACUUAAUUUAGAUAUUAAAUAUGUGUGAUGUACUUAU